AUGCCAGAGGAUACAACCCGGGCACCAAAACCAACGCACCUCAAAUAUGGUUGGAUCGUUUACGCGCCUUUGAUAGCAGCCGCUGUUUGGACUGCAGAUCUUGUCGGUUUACUAGCUCUAUGGGCCACGAACGACUACUAUCGAAUCAUUAGCGGACGUGGUCUCGUAGUUUAUAUUAGUGAUCUUGGUGCAACAUGGAAGCCCUUCUUUAUAGCGAUGAACUGUGUUACCGUUGCUUUCUACCUCAUCGGUAUCAUUGCGCAACGGUGGCUUAGAUCUUUCGAACGUAUCCCUGAAGCUCUUAGAAAAAGAGAAGUCGCUUUUGGGUGGAUUACCAUCAUUUUUGGUAUCAUCGGUUCUGCAGGGCUUAUCACCCUCGGUAUUAUGGACGAUGUCAACCACCCCACCGUGCACUGGUCAAUGACCGUUGUUUUUGUCGUUGGUAUCGCCAUUUCUGCUAUCUCUCAAACCUGCGAAGUCUCGUGCCUGGCGUUCGAUCAUCCCGACAGAGCUCACUUAAGAAGAAACGGCAUUAUGAAACUUCUCGUCGUCGGGCUUGCUGUCGCUUGUGCUAUCACAUUUGGUGCUUUACAAGGCACUUGUAGUGGCGAUAUCUACUCCCCCCAAAACCCCGGCAGAAACUGUUACGAUAUCACCUCAGCUGCUGCCUCCUUCGAAUGGAUUACCGCGUUCUGGGUUGUCUUCUACUUUAUAACCCUCGGUCUCGACCUCUGGCCAGCUGCAAAGACUUCUCCGCGUUUCUUGCGCAAGGCUGCUGCAUGGGAGGCUGACCAUCUUAGCAAAGCCGAAUCUCACCUCAUUCCAAAUCCACAAGAAGCAAACGAGCCUACUGUCGACAACAUGUACUCUGAAAGAACUACAGAUUUCCAUAAUGAUGGUACUGGAUACGCCACCGGCUACGCUCCCGGUUACGGCGGUACAUAUCCUCAGCAUUCACAUAGAGCAGACCUUGAGCAUGCAGGAGCUGGAUACGCCACUGGUUACGGCGACAGUUAUCAAAUGAGACAAACAUCUCCAGCUACAGUGAAUGAACAGCCGGCGCAGCCAUAUGCGGCGUAUGGCCAAGCUUCUUGA